AUGCACAUGCCCCAUCGCGAUAUUUUCAUUGCUGUAAAUAACGGCAUACCGGCAGCUCAGACUUACAUUCCACUCUCGGCAUCUUCCAGCUUUCCGAGGAAUCGGCUUCUCCGGAUCCAUUUCAUUGGUUCGGAGUACACAUUGGAAGAUGUUGCCGUGCACAAAACAAGAGAAGAUCUGUGGGUUGUAAUCCAGGGAAAAGUCUACGAUGUCUCGAAAUAUGUGCGAGAUCAUCCUGGCGGAGUUGAUGUCCUUAUUGAAGUUGCCGGGACAGAUGCAACUGCUGCAUAUGAAGAGGCUGGACAUUCAGAAGAUGCAGAUGAGAUUUUGAAAAGCUUUUUGGUUGGCACUAUCAAGGAUUAUGUUCAAAAGAGCAGCCCUGCCAAAACUGUUCGGCUGGUACAGAGGACUGUCGAGGAUACAAAACCUACCAAAAGUUCGUCCUCCGCUCUUGGCAUAGCUACAAUGGCAGCUAUCCCGCUAGCAGGUGGCCUUGGUCUUUCUCUGCUGCUUGCUUCGGAUAGACGCAUCAACCUUCCUGCCGCCUUGACCAAUAUCUCUCAUCUCCCUCAGCUAUCAUCACACUGGCUUCCGGCCGCUCAUUUGCCACAAGGAGGAUUUGCAAACGGAUUUAUUGCCGCUUCCCUCUUUUGCGCCACUGUUGGGGGUGUUAUUGGAUCUCAACUAUCUAAAUUCACUGAGAUUGAGUCAGGCUUCACCAAAUAUCCCCCGCACAUCAAGAGCAAGAAUAUGGUAAAGCCCAACCCAAAUCUCGCCAGAGGCUGGUUGGAGCCUAAGGGAUACAAAGGUCUUCCUCUAAUUAGAAAGGAUGUGUUGUCACCAAACGUCUUUCUCUUUGUCUUCCAAUUACCCAACCAAAACGAUGUUAUUGGUAUCCCUAUCGGCCAGCAUGUAGCUAUUAAAGCGACUAUCGAUGGAGCAGAUGUCUCAAGGUCAUAUACUCCAGUUUCAAAUAACACCGACCUGGGAAAACUGGAGUUGGUCAUCAAGUGUUACCCGGACGGUCAACUUACCGGAAAAUACCUUGCAAAUCUUAAGAUUGGCGACAAGGUUCUCUUCCGCGGUCCAAAGGGCGCAAUGAGAUACAAAAAAGGCCUUUGCAAGAAGAUAGGAAUGAUUGCAGGAGGAACUGGCAUUACGCCCAUGUAUCAACUUAUUCGUGCAAUCUGCGAAGACGAUACAGAUACGACCGAGAUCAGCUUGAUCUAUGCCAACCGCACCGAAGAGGAUAUUCUUCUUCGUAAAGAGCUUGAUACUUUUGCCAGAAACUAUCCUAAGAACCUCAAGAUCUGGUACAUGCUAGACCAGCCUCCACAGAAGUGGCCGUACGGCAAAGGUUUCGUCACACAAGCUGUCAUGACUUCUAAGCUACCUAAGUCGUCUCCUGAUACCAAGGUUAUGCUGUGCGGGCCUCCUGGAAUGGUGAAUGCCUCAAAGAAGGCAUUGGUGGCUAUGGGCUUCGAAGCGCCAGGAGCUGUUUCAAAGAUUACAGAUCAAAUCUUCUGCUUCUAA